AUGGCUGAUAACUACGCUACGUACCCUUCUGUCGCUAGGAGUGCUUCCAUCAAUGGUUUCGCUGACAAAAUCUACGCCGAUCUCCCCAGUUGCGCUCAACCAUGUGUUAAGAAAUCCACUGGCUCUACGCCAUGUCCUUAUUGGGAUACUGGUUGUUUGUGUGUCAUCAGUAGUUUUGCUAGUGCUGUUGCCGAAUGUAUUGCUGAAAAUUGUGCUGGUUCGGAAGUUGACACAGCCACUUCGUUGGCCAUUGGGAUCUGCUCUUCUGCCGGUGUUGCCAAUCCCUACUGGUAUAUUGGUGGUGCUAUGACCACUGCGCUUGAAGCUGCUGCUGAUAAAGCUGCUGAAACCACCACUGAGUCCACAGCUACUGCCACAGAAACAUCUGCAACAGAGCAAGCUGUCGAGACCCUGAGUUCUGCUGAAGCUACUAAGGAUGAAAUUACUGGGGCCACCUCCUCUGCAGCCGCCUCCUCUGCAGCCACCUCCUACGCAGCCACUUCAUCUGUAGCCGUUUCUUCUACUAUCGUUUCAUCGUCUCACGGCAUUACUUCCGCCAGUGAUGUUGCUUCUUCUCAAGCUUCCUCUUCCCUAAUUGCUUCCUCUUCCCAAGCUAAUUCGUCCGCUUUUGCCUACACUAUUGGCGAAAACAGCGCAGGUAACACUAAGAAGUCUAUCGGUGUUGCUAUGGUUUUGGCUAUUGCUGCUUUCAUGGUCUAA